AUGGCUGCCCUGCGAGUAGCCUUGCGCCAUCAAGCCAACGUCAAUGCCGUGGAUGAAAUCGGCAAUUCCCCCCUUCAACUCGCUAUUGCCACAGCCUCCUUGCCGUUGAUGGAAGCCCUGCUUUCAGCCGGUGCUGAUGUCAAUCGGCCUGAUAUCCGGGGACGCCUCGCGCUGCAUCAAGCGUGUCGCCUCGGUCUGGUGCAGCAGACACGGCGUCUGCUUGAAACGGGUGCCUGCAACGGUCUUCGGGCCAUGCACAUUGCCACACAGCAUGCCUUCACCGACUCCUUCGCAGAAUCCAUAUUUGAGCUUCUCCUCAGCGCCGGCGCUUACAUUGACCCUGGCGUGGAAUGGGGCUGGACCCCGUUGCAUGCCGCCUGUCGCAUCGGCAAUUGGCGCGCCGCCUCUCGCCUCAUCGAGGCUGGGGCCGAUCUCUUUGGUCAAGCCAACAUGGUCUGCUACCUGCUACCCAAGCAACGCAAACCUGUAAUCAAAGCGCCCUCCAAAACCCCGGAAGGGGACCAACCCAAUCCUACACGGGAUCCCGACGCUGCAACCCUUGACGAAGUUCCGGCCUUGUUGACCUCCGGCUACGUCUCAGCCCCUCUGCUCACCGCCGCCAGCAGCCACCACGACGAGACGCCCUACACUGCCUUGCAAGCUCCCUCCGCGGGCAGCUCCUACGCUUUUGAUAUUCCUUGGCUACGCGCCACGCCGAAGCGACCGAUACUCAAGCCAAAGGACCCACGAGGACCCACAGAAGACAAGCAUGUUUUGGCCGUGGAAGCUCACUUGCUCAACAACAGCCGCAAUCCCUUUGUCAUUCGCAAAGAAGCACAGCAAAUGCGCAUGGACAUCUUUCAGCUCUUGCACCUGAUGGCUGUGAAGCAAAUUCGGCGCGAGCUUUUGCGAGCCAAAACGCCCGCUUUUCGCUUCACCAAGGAGGUGACCAUUAUGGCACGCCUUCAGCAUCCGUGCAUCGUGGCCUUGCGCGGCAUCUGCGUGCCCAACCCCGCGCUCUAUCUGAUCAUUCUGGAAUACGUCGAGGCCGGCAGCCUAAAUGAGUUUCUCUACAAGAACGAACAGAUUGAGCGACCGUCUUUGAAAGACGCCCUCAUUAUUUCCCACGACGUCGCGUCUGCGCUGAUGUAUAUCCACAACCUCAAGUAUCCGAUUGUUCACCGUGACGUGAGCAGCUCCAACAUUUUGCUGCGUGCCAAUGGCCAUGCCUGUCUGUCCGACUUUGGCGAAUCUGCCUUCUGUCGCACGGAAGAAGAUGGUCGUGCCCGCCAACGCGGAAUUUUCACAAAGCAGCCUGGGCCUUUGGGACUUCUUCUGAUGCGCGCCGCCCUUGCAUCGCCUGUGGUCAAUGUAGCGCUGGCGGCAACCGCCAUGGCAUAUGAAAAUCGGCGACCAUGGCUGGACGAGGAAGCACCCGCCGUCAUUGUACGGCUUAUCAUGCAAGGUUGGGCCAUAACCUUCUGCCUGAUCAAAAUCCAGAUCUCUUUCUGA